AUGACGUUCAGCGCUGGAACAGACUGGUUGCCGAAUGGGCUUCAAUUCUCGGAUCAUCAACAUAAUUUGCGUCUAUGGUUACAGCCGCUACCGAAGGAUGGGGCAGAUGCCUCUAUUUUCAAUGCUCCUCUUGAGGAUUGUUUUGGUAGAAUACCUGUACAGGAAGACAACAAACAAUUGAAAGCCUAUCUCCGAAUUCCAUUUGUUGAUAACCUGCAAGACAAGAAUCUUUGGGGAUAUGGACCCCCCACGACUCUUUACAUCGAAUCACUUGGCGCUCCAAAGGGGAUCUUGGAGAAAAUUGUAGACACGUGGAAAAUCCCGAGGAGGCUCUUUGACGCGAUCCAGAAGCCCGGGUCCUUCCCGCCGUUUUCAUUCUUUGAAGAGGACCAGAACUUGCAUAUCGCGUUCAGAUGGUCCUCAACUCCAGGAUCUUAUCUUAUAUUCCUUGGCUCAACUUCUUCCGUCCGCUGUAUGCGUACCCAUGAAUUCACUAACGACGUCCGCACCGUCUACCAGUUCCGCAGCGUCUUGUCCCAUCGGGGUGUUCUUACACCCACAUGGAAUGCGGAUGUGAUGAAGGGCGGCGAAGACGUCUUUGGCCGGACGGAAUACUCACCUUCGAAGAUGGUUGUCAUGAUGCUGGACCAGUGUGAGAAGCAUCUUGAGAGCGCCAUACAGAAGCGGGCUGAGAAGGUUGAAGAGAUACAAGGCCUUCUAUCCUCUGUGCAGGCAAAAUCUCCUGCUUCAGGUGAUGUUCGUCCUUUUGAACUGUACGCACGAUACAGGGAUCUUACCACUUCACUCUUUACUCUGAGGAACUCCUGCCGUAAUCUCAUGGAGAUUUGCUCUGGGUUCGUGGCCGCUUCUAAGACUGCAAUCUUGUCCAAACCCAGCGGCGAUAGCCGCCUGUUCGAUUUGAAGCUUUUGCGGGACGGCAUCGAAAGAACACAUUCCCGGCUGAAGUUUCACCUCAACAGGAUCCAUUACCUCGAGAACAUACACAUUCAAUCCACGAAGAGCAUGGCUGCCAUCAAGCAACUUCUGUUCUCGGAUCAAAACCGCUAG